GUAUAGGACGUGAUGCAAGACCUCCUUCAAAAAUACCAAGUUGACUCUGGUACAUGUUGAAAUUUGCAUUUAUAACCGAGACAAAAAAGAGGAAAUGAGUCUUUCCGUACUCGCCCCUUCUGCUUUUGGGACUUUGAUUCUCUAGUAUCGGUGGAAGACACAAAAAGGUAAGAUGAAGGACCGACUGACUGAGCUGCAGGCCUUCACGCCUGCAGAGCAGGAGUACAAGCCCACGGAGAACGAGAGACUCGCCGGUGAGGAUGAGGAGCCUCUCGAGCAACACGCCAUUGUGUUUGAGGGUGAGGACAUGAUGGAUGGCAUCUACAAGGAUGCCCAAGCGAUGAGGAAGGAGAUCCAAUUGCUCAGAAUGGAUGUGAAACGUCUGGGGAAGCAGAACACCAGGUUCCUCACAUCAGUCAGGAGGAUCAGCAGCAUCAAGCGGGACUCCAACGCACUGGGACGAGACAUCAAGGCCAGAGGGGAGUCCAUUUAUAAAAAGCUGGAAAAAAUGGGGAAGCUGAGCAAGGAGCUGGAGGAAGACCACGGAGUUACAUCAGCUUUGGCUCGCAUGGUGCGCUCGCAGUAUGUGUCUUUGACCAGCGCCUUCCACAGUGCCAUGUCUGAAUACAAUGAGGCUGAAAUGGCGCAAAGGGAGAAUUGCAAAACCCGCAUCCAGAGGCAAGCAGAGAUCAUGGGCAAGGAGGUAACCAGGGAGCAGAUAGACGAGAUGACUGAGACGGGCAAGUGGAACGUCUUCUCAGAUAAUCUCCUGCUGGAAGGGAGGACUGCCAGAUCUGCUCUCAACGAGAUUGAGAACAGGCACAAGGAGCUGCUGGAGCUGGAGGGCCGCAUUAGGGACAUUCAUGACCUUUUUUUCCAGAUGGCGAUGCUGGUGGAGCAGCAGGGCUGCAUGCUGGACAACAUAGAAGCAAAUGUAGGGGCAACAGAGGACUAUGUAGCCAAAGCUUCAGCGCAGAUCAAGCAGGCUGUGAAAUACAAGAAAAGCAAUCCAUGCAAGAAGCUGUUUUGUUGUUGUUUCCCAUGCUGUAAAUGAGGCGCCACCAGUUCCCGCCCCCUACCAGAACAUUUGAUUCAAAUCCGCUUUCUCUGCAAAUGUUUCCACAUGAAAGCUUUUUGCUGCUCUAGAUGUGUCCAGAUAUCACAUUCUGGUAUCAUUUUCUUUAUUGAGUUGAUACCAACUAGUCAGAGUGAUUCAAACCACAUGCACAUAUGCAAAUAUAUACAGUGCGAUGAUGGUACAUUUCCUGAUUGCUACUGAGAGCAGCUUAUGCAUACACGACUGCUGUAAAAACAUCGAAAUUAUUAUUUCAUGUGGCUUGCAGCUUUGUUUAACUUUUAGCUUUGUACAGUCUGCAAUAUUUAAGCCCAUAAAGUAUGAUUUUAUUUAUAAAUAAAUGCCUUGGAGUGGCUAUAUUUGGACAACUUGAAUGUGCAUCUACAGCUAAGCUUGGAAACGGUACUUGCUAUAGACGUGUUUCUUAUUGCAACCAUUGCUUCACAAGUGUGUAGAAACACUGAUCACAGCUCAACCAGCAAUUGUGGUUAGCUGGGGAGGCAAGUUAGAUUUGUGAGGAUUGUGCAACUAUAUGUUAGCCACCCCCAUGUAUAUCAUCACCAGCUACAAGCCAAGGCUGUGCUUUUCCUCCACGUGUUGCUUCACAUAAAAAAACACAAACACACAAAUAUCUGUGUGUCAGCUCCACUUUAGAAAGUCAAUGAUUUUGUUUAUCACUGCCAGACAACCAACGUCACCAAAGCCAGUGAAAUCUCUUUAACAGGGCAGUUUGCCUGACUUAAUGCGGUGUUUGCACAGGUAAUGUUACAGGAGAAACAGAACAGAAUGGCAAACUAAACAGGUCAGAGGACUUUCUGUUUGCACAGGAGGCCUAUCUCACUGCCCUUUGUGAUGGUAGUAAAAUUUAAAAACCCUUAUUUCCCCGUGCCUCUGGGCCAGCCCAUCCCUCACUGGGGGAAUCCCAGUCAUCAGCUGGUAAACUGAGGGUGUUGUGACUCAGACUGCUGUGUACCUGUGGGAGUUUUCAGACUUAACUGCCUCUACUCUGUGUUGAAAUGAGUUUCAGGGCUGCAAUGAUUGCACUUCCUCAGCAGUGCUGUGCGGUUUCUACUGGGGGCAUUUACCGACAAGAGCGCGUUUAUUUGAACUGUGGCGUCACGCCUCUGGUAGCUGUGCGUGCUGGAGUCACACGGCUUUAUCUGAUGUGAGCCAUGCGCUGACUGUGCACGUGCACUCACCAGGAUGGCCGAGUGGUUAAGGCGUUGGACUUAAGAUCCAAUGGACAAUAGUCCUCGUGGGUUCGAACCCCACUCCUGGUAAAAACGGAAGUUUUAACCGAUGUUUGGAGGAAAUGCGUGCAGUCUUAUGCACUUCAGGACGACUUCACUCUUCAUGGUCAGCCUUUCUGCACUUAAGCUCCCACAGUAAUAAUUGUCACCUUCCUUUGAGAUUCCUGUUGCGAAGCCAUUGUUUGGUCUGUUUUUUUCUUACCACGCAUGUACUCUGGUUCAGCUAAGAAACUAAGAGAGAUUUUGGAUACAAGGGGCACGCCUCACUGCCUCACUAUAGAUUUGAGACUUAACAGGUAUUUGAUUACACAGUGUGGUCCAAAUGCAAACAAAACGGCAGUACAGUAGCAGAUAUUAAUAUUUAAAUAUUCAAAAGCCCCUAAAAAAGCAGUAGUUGAUGUUUUCUAACAGAUUUACAAAUGCUGUAACAAAAGGAGACGUAAUUGCAAAGUAACAUGCACGUGAAGAAGCUUUCAUCAUUGCCAUUCUUCAGUGACGCUUUUAUUCAAAUAUUUGAAACGAAGUCAAUGAUGAGGACUUUUAUACUUUAUUUUCUCUUCAUUCUUAUCUUGAAUCAAAACCCACCAACCGGGGACCAACAGCUAAAUCACAUCCUGGCUCAUCAUCGCAGUGGAAGAUGUUAUGUACCAAGAGGCCUAUUUAUAUUUCCUGUGUGGACGGUUUCGCACCCCUGAUGGUGAAGGUCUGUUUAUGUGGUGCCAUCUAGCGGUGAGGGAAAUAUUAUUUCACAAAUGCUGUAUUAUUGUUUUCCCAGUUUAACAGACACUGUAUUAAAUCUCUCAAGACUUUGCUGGCACUAAAAGAAGACAAUGUGUCCUAUUUAUAUUCUUCUGCCUUUGCAAUGGGUCAAAACGAAGGAAUAAAACACAAAGAUAUUAGAGUACAGUUUGAAAUGGCUUUUGAACCAAUCAUAUGUAGACUAAGUGGGUCUGAAGAGAACAUCUGUUAGUGUACACCUGAUCUAAAUAUACAGACAUACCUCUGAUAGAUACUGAAAAAGAUUAAAAGUCGAAACAUUUAAGAACUCAAGAGUCUCUUUAUUAAAAUGGACCAAAAGUCAAACAAAUGAAGUUGGCAUACUGUGGUGAAAAAAACAAAACAAACAAAACAAAAGAAAAGAAAAAAAACCCAUCAGCAGUGAUAAUUUAACCCAAAAUACUGAUCAAAAUACAGAUACACUCCAGGUGCAAAGACUGCAAAACAAAAAGUGAUCUGGAGACCUCUUACAUGCAUGAACAUCCACAGAAUAAAAGCCUGAUUUGCAUGCUCAGUUCCUCAUUCAACUCACUCUGACAACUUGAACGCCAAAGAGUUAGUGCAUCUCAUCAGGUUUUGUUGAUUUCAUUCUUUCUGUCUCUCUUUCUAUAAUAUAAGAAAGGACAUAAAAUGUACUAAUAUUAAUGCGUGGUGCCUGAGAAACAAACUGUAUAAAUUAGCCUGUAACUGGACUCAUUACAUGCAGAACAGGAAGGAGUAGCAUUCUUGCUGCUUCAACAAAGACAACCUGUCAGAUUUAGGAUUUAAAUUUUACAGUACAUGCCGUCAUGUGCAAAUCAGUAAUUCAAAUCCAGACCUAACAGAGGCAGACUUGCAUUUCUUAAAACAAAACAAAAAAAUAAUAAAUGUACCAGUACAAAAAAAACGAAGAAAAAAAAAAAAGAAAUCACACAAACUGAAAAAGACAGUUUAGUUUUGACACAGCUUGGGCUUUCCUACAUCCAAAAGAAAAAGAAACACACACCAUACCCAUAUUUCAUCACUAACUAAUGACAUGUCUGUCAUUUUAAACCAGUUUCAAAAAGUUUUUGAAGAUUUCUUUCUAUAUAUGGGAACUACAAGUUUUGUUACAUCAAAUUUCUUAAUUCAGACAAAAAAAUAAAUAAAUUGUUCAACAAGCCCAAUCACGAAGAUUUAUACGUUUAAAAAAACCAAACAAAACCUUACUGAUAAACAUGAAAACCAUGUUAUUUCAGCACUGCAACUCACACCACUAUAAUACUGAAACAGUUCCCCACGGAUCCUGUAAUAAUAAAGCAGCUGACCAGCUGUCGUGGCAUUUUCAGCAAUUUUCUCAAAUACACUACGGUGAGACGAAGCUUCAUGAUACGACCCUGAGACACCAACAAUACGUGAAAAUAGCGGACAUGUAGUGCCAAAAAGAAAAAAACAACUUGAAAACCAUGAUAAAUAGUGAAUAUGAACAUAGUUAAUGGUGCUUAUUAAAGGAGGGAAGUGUGUGCCCGUUAUUUUUCCUAGAACCUGGCCUGCAGGAUUUGUUGAGGUCUGACACUGAGGGGAAGGAAACCACGCUUCCUGCUAACCAGUCACUGAUGAUUCACCAGGUACAUUCAUUAUUUGACUUCGCUACAUUUAGAUUUUUGAAGAAAAGAACCUCUAAAUAAUUGCUGGUUACUUGUCAAAAUAGCUGGUAAAAAAAAACCACAAGCCAACCGUGGCUUAAAAAACAAACAGAAAAAAAAAUUAGUACUGA